CGGGCCCGCACAUAUUUUCUUGGUUAGCUACAGAAUGAAUGCAUAAUGUUUGUCAUACGUGUGCGUAAUAAUUUAUGAGUAUACGUGUAUAUGCGUGUAUAUACGUGUUUGUAGGUAAUUUAUGUGUGUCGGACGUGAGGUAAAUAGUUUGAGUGGCUGAUCGGUACAUAAACAGAACACGGUAGCGAUCGCUGGCCGCAUGCGCGCGUUCUCAGACUUGCGCAGCCAUUGUUAUUUAGUCCGAGACAGUCAUGAAUCGUUUGAAAACUGCAAGUUGCAUCGAGACUUUUUACAUUAGCAUUCGCUGGAUCUAUUGGUAUGACAUUUGUCAUAUUAGGUUGUGCACUUCCAGCUUACAAAGUGUGGUGGCCAUUUUUAGUUGUAUUGUUUUACAUAUUGUCACCUCUUCCAACUUUAAUAGCCAGACGUUACUCUGAAAACGCAACUUCCAAUAAUCAGUAUAUGGAAUUGGCUAUUUUUUUAACAAUGGGUUGUGUAAUUUCAUCUUUUGCUCUUCCUAUUGUAUUAUCAAGAUCUCCAGAAAGUAAUCCAACUAUAAAACCAGGUGCAUGUUAUUUGACAAUAGCUGGUAAUUUUGUUAUGUAUUCAACUAUUCUUGGAUUUUUCUUGGCUUUUGAUCACGAUGAAACAGAAUAUAGUAUGUGGUAAUUCAUUCAAUUCUUGUACUUAUCUGUAUUUGGAGGAUUCAUUAUUGAUUAGAAAAAUCUUUAUGUUGUUUUUAAAUCAUAUAUGUACAAUAAAAGAAUUCUAAUAGUA